UAGCUAUGAAAAGGUCAAACUAUGGAGAAUAUAUACAAUAGGUCUGAAUCAUAGUUCAGCAAUUUAUGAACGAGUAGACCAGGCCAUCAACUCGUCAAAUAAGGCCCCUAGCCUCGAUAUUUUCAAGACUAUUCAUAGGAAAUAAAAGUAAAGGAAUAAAGAAAAACGUCUCGAUGAUCCUUCGAACUGGCACGGUUAGUACAGUACAGAAGGUGGGCAAUAUCUUAUCAGCCGCGAUUAGAUAUGCCGCCCGAAAAAGAAAAAAAAAAUUAAAGUUCCCAUUCAAGUCCACCUCCGCAGAUUCUCAUCACGAACAGCUGCAGAACCACCACAUUCAAAAUGCCUCACAAGCACAAGCGGAAGCAAAAUGACGCGGAUAUCUACGAUCUCCCACCUACUAUGAUCGCAAAGGCUCUCCCGGUCCGCGAUCCCAAUUCCAAGAACAAGAAAGCAAAAAAGAAUGUCAAGGACAACAAACCCCAAGAUAAACUCCAGGCCCGCCGGAAAGCUGCUGCAGACGAUGAUACCCCCAAAGCUUUUCGCCGGUUGAUGCAGUUUCAGACCCAGGGAAAGCAGGCGCCAUCGAAACCAAGUGCUGGCGAGAAUAAGAAGCGGAAACGAGGAGCGGAAAACACUGAGAAUGCGACACAAACCACGCGCAAGAAGGCUGCCCCAGCGGUGGCAGUGGAGCAGAGUACCGAUGCCGAACCCCAAGUGAAGCCGAAGAUUCUUCCGGGAGAGAAGUUGUCAGAUUUCGCGGCGCGAGUAGACCGCGAAAUGCCCAUUGCUGGCAUGAAGAGAUCUGGGAAACCCACAAAGUCUGAUAUCGCUGAUAUUCGUGAGCAUAAAGUAACGAAACAUGAGAAACAUUUGCUCCGACUACAAUCGCAGUGGCGGAAGGAGGAGGCGGAGAUCCAAGAACGUGAGGCUGCUGAGCGUGAAGAGCGAGAGGCAGAACUAGAAGACCAAUUAGAACUAUGGAAGGAGUGGGAAGUGGAGGCCGGCCAGGGCAAGGCGAAAAAGAAGGGAGCUGGUGCAAGAAAGAAGGGUGGACAGGGUGCCGAUAGAUCAGAUCCUUGGGCGAAGUUGAAGAGCAAGGACCGUUUGAACAAGCCGGCGAAUCCUUUCGAAAUUGCCGAGGCACCGCCGCAAUUGACGAAGCCAAGGGAGAUUUUCAAGGUCCGAGGCGGUGCUAGAGUCGAUGUUGCUAACGUGCCGACUGCUGUCGGUAGCUUGAGAAAAAGAGAGGAGUUGGCUAACGAGAGGAGAACUAUCGUGGAGGAGUACCGGAGGUUGAUGGCUGAAAAGAGGCGAUAAAUCCCUGGCUGGGUUUAUGACAACAGCUUAGUUCUUUCUUUCAUUUUUGGCGGAAGGCGUAUAGUCGUCAAGUUUUUCUUUAUCCAUAAUUUUAUCUCCUGAUCGCCGAGGUGUCCAUGUGGUUCCUCUAAUCUACUUUGACGAAGCACUCUCAUCGCACGCUUGCAUGGUAUCAUACU